UUGGGGAUAUUUGUUUGGGGUAGGGUUUGGUUAAUUUGACGAUUCUCUCUCACUCGAUUUCUGCGAUUUUGGGGAAAUGUUUUGGGGAUUUUGUUUGGGGAUUCGAUUUUGGAGUUUUGUGAAGGAUUGAUCGGUGAAAUGCAGGAUAUACAUCAGAUUGGUGGCGGCGGCGGCGGUGGAGGCGGUGGCGGAAGGUUUUUUGGCGGUGGAGAUCGGCGGUUGCGGCCGCACAACCACGCGAACCACCAGGCUUUGAAGUGUCCGCGGUGCGAUUCGUUGAACACCAAAUUUUGUUACUAUAACAACUAUAAUCUGUCUCAGCCUCGCCAUUUCUGUAAGAGCUGCCGGAGGUACUGGACCAAAGGCGGCGUGCUGCGUAACGUUCCGGUCGGAGGAGGUUGCCGGAAGGCGAAGCGGUCGAAGCAGAGGAGCAGCGGCGGAGGAGGCGGAGGCGGAGGCGGCUCCGCCGCGGUUAUUGUGGAAGGUGCGAGAGAGCGUAGCUCGAAUGUUCAGACUUCGAGCAGCGAGAGCUCGAGCCUCUCCGCCGCGACGACCGCCACAACACCUUCCUCCGCCGCCGCCGCGGCGGAGGAAGGAUCUGCUAGGACGAACAUAGCGGCGAGUACGGCAGCGGUUUUCAAUUUCGCUGAUGCGAGGUUUAUCAACGCAAACCCUAGCUUCAACCAUCCGCCGAUCGUGAGUCAGGCUUCGGACGGUCAGAUCUUCGCGACAGAGAGCCUCGCGAGCCUGAUGACGUCGCCGCCGGAGAUGAUGCCGUUCGGCGUGACCGGCAUUCCGGCGCCGCCGCUUCCGCCGUACGAGCGGCAGCAACAGGGGAAUCAGCCGCCGGAGAAUUCCGACUGUCGGAUUGUGGAUCAAAGCGGUGGAGAUGAGGCGUUUAAGAUGCAAGAGAUGAACGACGACGAUGGACUCGCCGGAGCUCUAGACUGGGGAGGCGGCGGCGGCGGAGAUCAAGGAGGGCUUUUUGAUCUAACGGCUGCGGUUGAUCCAGCGUACUGGAGUCAACAUCAGUGGAGUGACAGUGAUCAUCAGUCCCUUAAUUAUCUGCCAUAGCAUAUUGUAGUAUAGUAUAUAGUAUAGUGAUGUGAUGAUUUAAAUGAUUUUAAAUCUCACAUUUCCUAACACCCUAAAAUACUUAAUUAAAUGUAUAUGUUAUAUCUA